CAGCCAAGGCCCUUAUACGCCUGCGCAGUCACUCCUUUCCCUCCCGCCACCACCACCUUCGACUCCUCUUCUCUGCUCGCCCUUGCCCAGCUACGCAGCCCUUCACGCCCUCACCUUCGGCCCGCUUGCUCCGCCGUCCGCCUGGCCGCACCUCGUGCCCUCGUACGCCGCGCCACAAAGAGCCACCAGCUCAGCUACAGCGUGAGCCUCGUCCUGUCGCUACCUGUCGAUCCAGCGCUGAACCUCACUUCGCAGCGCAAUGAGUCCCUGCCGCGCAUCCCUGACCCCGAUCCGUCUGCCCGCUCCCGUCGGCAACCCCGAGGCGGCGGCGGGCCUGCAGGACCUGGCCAACGAGCUUCACCGCCUGCACCACGUGCGCAAGGAGACGUCGCAGCCCAUCUUCAGCACGGCGCACAGCGCCUACGAGCUGCAGACGGGCUUCUACGACUACACGCGAGCGAUCUUGGUGCACCCCGACGAGGCCUUUGCGGCCAACGCGCCUCUCAAGGCGCGGCUCGAGAACGCGCUGCGCGCCAAGCUGCAGGUGUCGCUCGGCGAGGUCUCGUGCCGUGCGCUCGUCAAGACGCUGGCGUCGUACUUCAAGUUCGCCAACUCUCCGGCACCCGCCGUGCCGACGGCGUGGAACAAGGCGGUGGACGCAGAGGAGAACGUGCUGUGGCUGUGCCACUGCAUUCGCUACCUGCCUCGUCACGUCGUCGCGACGCUGCUGCGCAUCUCGCAGCAGAAUGGCGGCGCCGAGGAGCGCGAGGCGGCGCUCCGUAGCGCUGAUCUGCCCGAGCCUCUCAAGGACCCCAUUCCCACCAUGCUCGCUUCGGAGCCGCUUCACGGGCGCCAUGACGAUGUGGCUGGGCUCGCCCAUCCAACCGCGCCGUUGAGUGGAUGCCAGCGAGUCUGAGAGGGAGUCUUUCGCCCGCGCAUCAAGCUCCGCAGCCUCAUGGCUCACGCUCGUCAUCACGCUCGUCACCACGUUCAUCAUCACGCCCGUCAUCACGUCCACAGUUCCGUCACACGUACCAUCACCAAGUUCAGCGCCUCUGUUCCUCGUUCCUCACCGUCCGUUCAAGCAUCUCUUUCACGCCGUUCCUGAAAUGUGC